CUUUGUUUACACCAGAAACCAGUGGACUCUGUUGCUUCCUUAAUGAAGUGUCGUUUCGAGGGGGUUUAAUCGAAAAGGGUCACGGUUCUACUCGUUACAGCGCUUUUUAUUCUACGUGCUGGAUAGCAGUCAUGGUGGCAAUGACGAAGAGAGUGAAAACCUUUCAAAUUGUCCUGUCGGAUCCAAGCAAGACUUUCUACUGCGGCGGGGACAAGGUCUCCGGACGGAUAGAAGUGGAAGUAAAUGAGGUGACGCGUGUGACCGCGGUGAAGGUUCUGGGUCUAGGCUGUGCCAAGGUGGAAUACGCUAAAGGCAAGCAGCGGUGCCGACAGGAGGCCGAGUACCUCCGAUAUGAGGAGGCUCUGCGGCUGCACGACCAACCCACAGACUCUGAUGGGUCAGUUGUCUUGAGGCCUGGCAACAAAUAUGAAUACAUGUUUGGAUUUGAGCUCCCUCAGCAGGGGCACUUAGUAUCAUCAUACAAGGGCAAAUUUGGCUAUGUUCACUACUAUGUCAAGGCCUUGAUAGAGCGGCCACAGCAGCCCAUCCUUGAGUGCAAGAAGCCCUUUGAGGUAGAGGAACCUCUGGAUGUCAACACUCCAGACUUGCUGUCUCCUACAGGUGGCAUGAAGGAGAAGAAAGUCACCUGCAUGUUCAUCCCAGAUGGUCAGGUGUCCCUGAAUGCAAAGAUUGACCGCCGUGGAUUCUGUGAGGGUGAAGACAUCUGCAUCAAUGCUAAGUUUGAGAACACGUGCUCCCGCAUUGUGGUACCCAAGGCUGCCAUCAUUGCCAAACACACCUACCAGGCCAACGGACGUACCAAAGUCUUUCGCCAGAAGCUGUCCUCAGUGCGUGGAAACCACAUCAUCUCUGGCAUGUGUGAUGCCUGGCAAGGAAAGACCAUCAGGGUGCCAAAGAUCAAACCAUCCAUGUUGGGCUGCAACAUCAUACGUGUCGAGUAUGCUCUGAUGAUUUACGUCCACAUCCCUGGUAGUGAGAAGCUGAUUCUGGAGCUCCCUUUGGUCAUUGGGACUGCUGGUCUUGGCAGCCGCAGUAACAGUGUGAGCAGUCAGGAGGGUUCAGUCAGCAACGCCUCCCAGAGCUGGGUGUCUCUCAGGAUGCCGUCUGAACCUCCAAGUUACUGUGAUGUAUCCCGUGACUGCCGCCUGGACCAGCCCCUCACACCUCUCCUCGAUGACUUUGACGGGGACAACAGUCCCAUCUUUAUGAAUGCGCCAACCUUUCAGUUCCCACCACCCCCAGCCUACACUGAGGCUGAAGAGGAGUACAGUGGCAAUACUCGCAUGCUGCCAGUCUGCUGAAGUCCAGCUUUGGGAAGUCAAGAAAUGAGUGGUCCAGCUCUUAAGGACCAUUUAUGCGGGACAGGAAGACAUGGUUCAAACUCUAGAGGAAAUAUAAUGUAGGAUGGAAAAGUUAAGCCAGGAAAGUGGAGGUGGACAGAAAUACAGUAGGAUGUUAUUUCAACUAUCUUCACCACGCUUCAUCAGUUAUGCUGAUCCUGAGUUUUCCUCCUACUGCUCUUCAGGUUGUCAACCUGGUGGGUUUGGCCACAGAUUUUAUGGCGUGCUACAUUUUUGAAUAAGCUGUCCGUUCCAGAGACUGUCAGGGUCUCACUGUCCGCUCACAGCCACUUUGACUGUUUUUAAAGGGGCCAAGCAUUGUAUUAGUCAGCUCUAAGACUGCUGUGAGAUCUUUGCUUUAUUGGAGAGGUUUUCUUCAUGAUGCUUUGUCAUUCCAGUCAAACCCUGUAUUUUUUCAAGGGAUCUCCCAAAAAGAACUAUCCUUGUUAAAGCAUUCCAAUACUUUGUGUUGCUGUAAAGAAUUUGUUGGAAACAUUAUUGCCUUUUAGAAUUGGAGCAUGUUGAAUAAUAUCUCUUGGGUGAUAGGAGAACCUCAUGCAGUAUCCUAUUUCCUAAUUUACCAGUGUUUGGGAAAAAAUGUGGUAUAUUCCUUUUUUUGUAUUGCACUUUUUGAUGGCAUUUUGCUCUACUACUGCCUACUGGCGUUAUGUUUCUAUUUGUUUAGUUUAAACAAUGUUUUUGAUGUGGAGCGUGAAUUUUCUGAAAGUACAACAGUUUAUAGUUGUAACCUUAUGGAUAUCCAAAUUUCAUGAUUGGCUUUGCAGUGCCAAAAAUCAUCCAUACAACAUAUGCCUUCAGUAUCAUGGAAUGCACCUUAUGUGAGGAUAAUCACUGUACCAGAUUGGCGUUGUCCCAGACAACAUUUCACUGUGAGAUCUCCGCUGUGGUGGUUUUACAACUUAUGUUCCACGCUAAGAAAAACACUGUUAAAGACUGAUAUGUGACAAAGUAUUUUUGCAGUGCAUUCUUGAUAUUAACAGUAUUUUUGUACGAAACCCUAUGGGUUAUUUUUUAAAUAAAGAAAUGUCUGAAAAUA